AUGUCGGAAGCUGGAGACAGCCCGCACAAGCGGUCCAGGUCCUCUGCGGCUCUUUCCUUGCUUCGCCGCAGAGAACCCAGAGAAACCCGCGAAGACGAGUCUGGCUCGGAAGACGGCCGGUCUGUGCCCGGUACGGCCACGUCAAAGUCUACCUCGGGACCUCCUGGUACUCCGCUGUCGCAUCAGCCCGGCACUCGGGGACACGCUUCGAAACUCUCGACCACAUCCGCCAUGCUCAGCAGAGUCCCGUCUGCGCAAUCGCCUGUCGCGGCGGCCAAGGCCGGACCAACGUCGAGCCAAGGUGCCACCAGCCUGGAGCAAUCCGUUCGCAAGUUCAGGGUGGUUGAAGCCUUGAGAAGCGGCGAUACGGCCUCCAUAUCCAGGGCCAUCCGUGACACGGCUGAUAACGCGCCCAGGUCCAGCACUUCCUCGCUUGCAGCCGUCACCACCGGUCCCCUCGAAGACACUACAAUCCUGCACCUCGCUAUUCAGUGCUCCGAAGUCACCGUCAUCGAAUAUGUUCUGUCGGACAGUGCCGGCAGCGUCGACGUCAACGCCAGGGACAGAGACGGCAACACACCACUGCACAUCGCUGCCGCCCAGGGCCGCACGACCGUUGUGAAGCUCUUGUUGGACCAGAAGGGCAUCAAUGACUCGGUUGUCAACCACCAGGGCAAGCUGCCCCUCGACCUGGCCCGAAAUCCGGAAAUUUUUCAAAUCCUCCAGCUAUCUCGCUCUCUGUUCACCGAGGCCAAGAUAAAGCAGGUGCAGGAGCUCAUUGCCCGUGGCGACUACGAUACGCUGGCGCAGGCACUUGAGGAGCCUCGACUGAAGACUGUCGUGGACAUCAACAGUCCCGAAUUUGCCUCAGAACCAGUCACUGUUCAAACGGGAGGCACCUUGCUUCAUGAGGCCGCACGAAAGAAGAAUACCCAGCUCAUCCAGAUUCUCUUGCUUCAUGGUGGUGACCCUUUCCGCCGUGACCGCAAGGGAAAGUUGCCCCAGUCAGUCACUCAUGAUGACGGUGUCAAGGCCAUACUGAAAAAGUCCCCCGCAGCUGUUGCAGCUCAGAGAGGUAUUCAAGAAAAAGCCGUUCUCGGCCAAGCAGCGUCACAAGGCGCCGGUGGCGCUGCCGCAACAGACUUGAUGGCUGGGCGCGAAGCCCGAGAGAUGAAGGGCUACUUGAAAAAAUGGACCAACUACCGAAAGGGCUACCAGUUGAGAUGGUUUGUGCUCGAGGAUGGGGUGCUCAGCUACUACAAGCACCAAGACGACGCGGGUUCCGCAUGCCGAGGUGCAAUUAAUAUGAAGAUUGCCAAGUUGAAUAUGAGCGCCGACGAGAAGACCAAGUUCGAGAUUAUUGGAAAAUCAUCUGUCAAGUAUACCCUCAAGGCCAACCACGAGGUCGAGGCUAAGCGCUGGUUCUGGGCACUCAACAACUCCGUGCAGUGGACCAAGGACCAGGCAAAGGAGGAAGAAAGACAGGCAGCCCGCAGUGCAGAGCUCCUCAAAGCCGUCAAAGCCGAACAGAGCUCACUUUCGCUUCCAGACGUGCACAGCGAGAGCGCGAGCCUGUCAGAUCUACAACGCAGCACCUCACAGCUGCCGAGCCGAGCGACGUCGCACAAUAUGAUGACGCCCCCCAAGGUUGACCUGACAAGAACAAGCACCGUCGGCAGCCUCGAAGAUGACGAAUUUGCGGAUGCCGCCACCGAUGGCGAGGCCUCCCGCAUACACGGCAAUGCAGGUCCAGCUGUCCCGGGAGAAAUCGACGACGACGACGAUUUUGGAAAUGACAGGAGCGUGCGCGAGGAGCCACGGGCAACCAAGGAUGCACUCAACAUCACGGCUCAGUCCGCAAAGAUCCAACUGGAAACCAUGUCCGAGGUCCACGCGGCAAUUAUGACACAGCUCGCCCAGAGCCCCGCUACGCCGCUGUCUGACAAGAACGUCACUCAGGCGCUGUCGACCUAUGAUGCGGCGACUCGUAGCCUGACGGGGCUUGUUGGUGAUUUGCUUCGAAUCUCCAAGGACCGAGACGCUUACUGGCAGUAUCGUCUGGACAGCGAGGUAAACAUGCGCCGCAUGUGGGAAGACAGCAUGCAGCAGGUUGCUCGCGAACACGAGGAACUCGAGGCGCGGAUGGGCGAGACAGAGGAGAAGCGUCGUCUGACCAAGAAGGCCCUUCGUGAAGUAAUGGAAGCCGGUGGUGUUUCCGGCGUCGGUACACCCACCACCGAACGUCCACAACAAGAAGCGGAAGUAGCCGCGAAAUCUCCUGCUCGGAGUCUUGGACGGCGACCAACUGCUUUAGACCAACUUGGUGAGCUGUCAGAGAGCGAGUCCAAUGACGAAGAGGAAUUCUUCGAUGCCGUGGACGCCGGCGUAGUUGAAGUCGCUGAGAUGCCACAUGACGAGACCAUUGAGCCUCAGAGCAAGGGUGUGAUCGUGUCCGCCAUUGACAUUAGCCCUUCGUUCAAGGGUUACGAAAACGGUAUCCGACACAAACUCAAGAUGGACGCUGAUGACCGUCCCAAGAUUUCCCUUUGGGGUAUCCUGAAGUCCAUGAUUGGGAAGGAUAUGACCAAGAUGACCCUGCCUGUAUCAUUCAACGAACCAACGUCUCUGCUUUAUCGCUGUGGUGAGGACAUGGAGUACGCUGACCUACUUGACUUGGCUGCGGAGCGCCACGAUUCAAUCGAACGCCUAAUUUACGUCGCGGCCUUUGCUGCCAGCGAGUAUGCAUCCACAAUCGGGCGUGUUGCCAAGCCAUUCAACCCUCUGCUUGGAGAGACAUUCGAAUAUGUCAGACCAGACAAGAAUUACCGCUUCUUCAUCGAACAGGUCAGCCACCAUCCUCCCAUUGGUGCGGCGUGGGCUGAAUCGCCCAACUGGGAAUACUGGGGUGAGUCCGCGGUCAAAUCCAAGUUUUAUGGCAAGUCAUUCGAUAUCAACCCUCUUGGCACAUGGUUCCUGAAACUGAGGCCUACUGCCGGCGGAAAGGAGGACCUCUACACGUGGAAGAAGGUCACUUCGUCGGUCAUUGGCAUCAUCACCGGCAACCCCACGGUGGACAAUUACGGUCCAAUGGAAAUUAAGAACUGGACCACUGGGGAGGUGGCUAUCCUCGACUUCAAGGCUCGCGGGUGGAAGGCCUCGAGCGCGUAUUUGAUUUCUGGCAAGGUUCUGGAUGCAGACGGCAACGUGCGCGUCAGCCUCGGCGGACGUUGGAACUCGAAGCUAUAUGCACGUUUAACGCCCGGAUACGAGGCGUCUAUUGACGAAGUCAAGGACGCUGGCCCUCUGCACAAGGGUGCCAUGAACGAUCCAACCCGAGCUUAUCUGAUCUGGGAGGCCAACCCUCGACCUGCUGGCAUUCCAUUCAACUUGACGCCCUUUGUGCUCACGUUCAACCACAUCGACGACAAGCUCAGACCAUGGUUAGCGCCGACCGACUCACGUCUGCGCCCCGAUCAGCGUGCCAUGGAGGAUGGCGAGUACGACUUUGCCGCUACCGAGAAGAACCGACUGGAGGAGGCACAGCGAGCUCGCCGCAGGGUCCGCGAGUCCAGGGGCGAAGAGUUCGUGCCGGCAUGGUUCUGCAAGGCGACAUGUGAGAUUACGGGGGAGUCGUACUGGAAGUUUAACGGCAAAUACUGGCAGCAGCGCCAAAAGGCUGGGCCGAACGGAGACCCAACGGCGUGGGCGGGACUGGAGCCAAUCUUUGAGGAUGCAAAUUAA